AAUUAAAAUAAAAAUCAAUGUCCGAAAAUCAGUUAAAAGUGUCUCUCUCAAUCUGAGGUUGUUGGAAACAUUACGUCCUCGAAACUUCAGAGUUUUCCUUUUGUUUUUUCUUUUCCUCUUUGGGCCACGACAAAGGAGCCAGACCCCAGCCACCAGAAGAGGAAUUUCAGGGUCGACCAAACUGAAAGAGAGAGGCCGCCCCCGACAUCAUGUAAGCCCUAUUGCUCCCUCCACAGCACACGCUCAGCUCUGCUACAGACACAAGUAGACUCAAUUUUCCUGUCACUGUUCAAUCCCAACUCGACAUGUGUUCUCAACCUUGCGUGCCAGUAUAAGAAUCUUCCACGUUGUAAUAGGAGCAGUCGGGGAAGUGUUUGAGAUGGAUUUGUGGUAAAUUUUUUAUCUGGGUGGCUUUGGAGUCUACAAAGAGAGAUGGAGCCUCCACAAGGGUUUUUGGCUUCUCUGUGGAGUCUUAUUUGCUUUCUCCCUUUCUUCGUUGGGCUUCUGCUUCUGGGUACUAUUAAAGGUAUCAUUUUCUGUCCGUUGGUAUGCCUUAUCAUCACAGUGGGAAACUCAGCCAUCGUAUUAGGUCUUUGGCCAUUUCAUAUUUUUUGGACAUAUUACUCAAUUAUAAGAGCUAAACAAUUUGGCCCCGGUCUGAAGAUUGUUCUCUGCCUAUUCCUACCGGUUCCGUUGAUUCUUUGGCUGGUGUUUAGCAUUAUAGGAAGUAUCACAGGCGGAGCACUAUAUGGUUUUCUUUCACCAGUAUUUGCCACUUUUGAUGCAGUUGGAGAAGGGAAGACGAAUGAGCUUUAUCACUGUUUUGUUGAUGGAACUUGGGACAGUGUUAAAAAGAGUUGCAUUAUCGUCCGUGAUUUUGGAGAUGUUUGUUAUCAUUCGUAUUCAUCAUAUAUGCAUGAUCUGCAAGGACAACAACCUCCAGACAGAAAAUAUUAUGAGAUUAGAUUGCUUUAUCUUCCUGGUGCUAUUAUUGCUGGUUUCCUUGGUUUCAUGCUUGACUUUCCGCUUAUUUCACUUAUUGCCCUGUGCAAAAGCCCAUACAUGCUCUUCAAGGGGUGGCAUCGUCUGUUUCAUGACCUCAUAGGAAGGGAAGGCCCUUUCUUGGAGACGAUAUGUGUACCAUUUGCAGGUCUUGCUAUCCUUCUCUGGCCAUUGGCAGUUGUUGGAGCAGUUUUGGGCUCCAUGGUGUCAAGUAUCGUCCUUGGUGCUUAUGCAGGCGUGGUUGUUUAUCAGGAGUCCUCAUUUUGGUUUGGACUUUGCUAUAUUGUUGCGUCCUGGGCUAUUUAUGAUGAAUACAGCAAUGACAUUUUGGACAUGCCAGAAGGAUCUUGCUUUCCGAGGCCAAGGUACCGAAAAGCUGAAGGAAAAAGCACAUCUCGUGCACCGUCUUUUUCAAAGCGUAGUUCUUUCCAACGUGCAGAUUCACUUACACCCUUGCUCGAUCUGAAACCAUUUAUGGUGCUUGAUGGCUUAUUUAAGGAGUGUCGACGCCACGGCGAGAAUUUUCUUUCUGAAGGAUUAAUAACAGCAGAAGACCUUGAAGAUGCAAGGUCAAAAAAGAGUGGCACAGUGGUUAGCAUUGGCCUACCUGCUUACUGCCUUCUUCAGGCACUCCUACGCUCCGUGAAAUCCAAUUCCGAGGGUAUUUUGUUGAGCGACAAUACGACUGAGUUGACAACCUCAAACCGACCAAAAGAUACCUUCUUUGAUUGGUUUUUUAACCCUUUCAUAAUAAUGAAAGAUCAGAUUAAAGCACUAAACCUUUCUGAGGCAGAAGAGGAUUAUCUCUGCAAACUAGUACUGUUAAGUGGUGACCCCAUGAAGUUGAAAACUGCAAAUAUUGGUCCAGCUCCAGAGUCUGAGCGCAGACGAGCUGAGCUCGAUGCACUAGCUCGAAGGCUUCAAGGGAUUACCAGAUCUAUAUCAAGAUAUCCAACAUCGAGACGCCAUUUCCAAAGUUUUGUGAAGACACUGUUAGAAGAUCUGGCGAAGAAGAAUGGUGAAAGAAAAUCAACCGAUGGAACUCCAGCAUUGUCCAGAUCAAAAAGUGCCUUUGCUGUUGUCUUCCAGAAAUCUUUUAAGAACAAAUUAAGCUUCAAGGGCUCUGAUGAAAAGCCAUUGCCAGUUGAAAGAGAUGUGGAAAUUGAAUAAUAAUAUGUGUUUGUAGUAGAACAAAAAUCAUCUCCUUUUCAAUUUUGUUUUCUAAUUGCAAUUUUUUAUUUUAAUUUUUUUUAUAAAAUUGCUUGUUAGAUAUUUUCAUUAUGGAGUUAAUAUCAAAGAAAUUAUUUUAAUUGGAUA